AUGUCCAAAGAUCCAACAGCCAUUCGACAAGCGCUAGAACGUGCCCGAAAUUGCGAAGAUGGCGCGGUAGACACGCAAACAACCGCCCUCCUCGAAGCCGCCAUCACAGAACUAUGGACGAGAAUCCAACGCGAUCCGGACACCUACGUCCUUACUCGAGACGAGUUCGCCCUCUUCAACUACUUCCUCGAACGAUACCGCGGCUCCACCGUGGCACAACGGGCCGUGGCGCGCUUUUGGAAUAACUACCAUGGUUCCCCGAAUGCGGACUUGAAAUGA